AUGGUUCAGUCAUCCGUUUUGGGUUUCCCCCGCAUGGGUGUCCUUCGGGACCUCAAGAAGGCGAACGAGGCCUACUGGGCCGACAAGAUCUCCCAGGAGGACCUCCUCGCUGAGGCCAAGAGGCUUCGUCUUGCCCACUGGAAGAUCCAGAAGGAUGCCGGUGUCGACAUCAUCCCCUCCAACGACUUUGCUUUCUACGACCACGUCCUUGACCACAUCCAGCUGUUCAACGCUGUCCCCGAACGCUACACCUCGCAGAAGCUGUCCCCGCUCGACGAGUACUUUGCCAUGGGCCGUGGCCACCAAAAGGGCGGUGUGGAUGUGCCCGCCCUCGAGAUGGUCAAGUGGUUCGACUCGAACUACCACUAUGUCAAGCCCACCCUCCAGGACAACCAGACCUUCUCCCUUGCCAAGGACCCCAAGCCUGUUCGGGAGUUCCUCGAGGCCAAGGAGGCUGGCAUCCAGACCCGCCCCGUCCUCGUCGGCCCCGUCUCUUUCCUUGCCCUCGGCAAGGCCGACCGUGGCUCCUCGGUCAACCCCAUCACUCUCCUUGACAAGCUCGUCCCCGUCUACGUCGAGCUCCUGAAGGCCCUCAAGGCUGCUGGUGCCGAGAGCGUCCAGAUCGACGAGCCCGUCCUCGUCUUCGAUCUCAGCCCCGAGGUCAAGGCCGCUUUCAAGCCCGCGUAUGAGGCGAUUGCCGCCCAGGGCAGCGCCGUUCCCUCUGUCGUCGUCGCCACCUACUUCGGUGACAUCGUCCACAACUUUGACGUCCUCCCCGCCUUUGCCAAGGCCCAGGGUCUCCACGUCGACCUUGUCCGCAACCCCGAGCAGCUCGAGCCUGUCCUCAAGCAGCUCGGCGCCAACCAGAUCCUCUACCGCCAUCAAGGCCCUCGGGCCCCGAGCGUGUCAUUGUUGCCACUUCCAGCUCCCUCCUUCACACCCCCGCACACCCUGGCCAGCGAGAAGAAGCUUCCCGCUGAUGUCUACGAGUGGUUCUCCUUCGCUAGCGAAAAGGUCAAGGAGGUUGCCAUUCUCGCCAAGGCUGUGACCAGCCCCGGCUCUGUCAACGCUGAGCUCGAGGCCAACGCCGCUGCCAUGAAGGCGCGUGCCGAGUCCACCCGCACCAACGACCCCAAGGUCAAGGAGCGCCAGUCUCAGGUUACCGAGGCGCUGCACAACCGCAAGACUGGGUUUGACAAUCGUUACGCUCAGCAGAAGAAGCACCUCAGCCUUCCCCUCUUCCCCACCACCACCAUCGGCUCUUUCCCUCAGACCAGCGAGAUCCGUGUUCAGCGGAACAAGUUCACCAAGGGUGAGAUCAACGAGCAGCAGUAUGACGACUUCAUCAAGAAGGAGAUCGACUAUGCUGUCCAGAUCCAGGAUGAGCUCGGCCUUGACGUCUACGUUCACGGUGAGCCUGAGCGUAACGACAUGGUCCAGUACUUCGGUGAGCGCCUCCAGGGCUACGUCUUCACCACCCACGCCUGGGUUCAGUCUUACGGCUCCCGCUGCGUCCGCCCUCCCAUCAUUGUGGGCGACAUCUCCCGCCCUCUUCCCAUGACCGUUAAGGAGAGCAAGUAUGCUGCCUCGGUCUCUAAGAAGCCCAUGAAGGGCAUGCUUACUGGCCCUGUCACCUGCCUGCGGUGGUCUUUCCCCCGUGUCGACGUCCACCAGUCCGUCCAGUGCCAGCAGCUCGCUCUUGCGCUCCGCGACGAGGUCGUUGACCUCGAGAAGAACGGUAUCUUCGUCAUCCAGGUCGAUGAGCCUGCCCUUCGUGAGGGUCUCCCUCUCCGCAAGGGCUCUGAGCGUGACGCCUACCUCAAGUGGGCCGUCAACAGCUUCAAGCUGGCUACCGCCGGUGUUGAGGACUCGACUCAGAUCCACUCUCACUUCUGCUACUCCGAGUUCCAGGACUUCUUCCAUGCCAUUGCCGCUCUGGAUGCCGAUGUUCUGUCCAUUGAGAACUCCAAGUCCGAUGCCAAGCUCCUCAAGGUCUUCAUUGACGAGGCCUACCCCCGCCACAUCGGCCCCGGUGUCUACGACAUCCACAGCCCUCGUGUCCCCGGUGAGGCCGAGUUCAAGCAGCGCAUCCAGGAGAUGCUCCAGUACCUCCGUCCUGAGCAGCUCUGGAUCAACCCUGACUGCGGUCUGAAGACCCGCAAGUGGGAUGAGGUCAAGGGUGCCCUCACCCACAUGGUCAACGCUGCCAAGUACUUCCGUGAGCAGUACACCAAGGCCUAA